GUGACGUACUCAGCCUGCGUCAAUCGUCUCAAACUUUUGCUGUGUAAUCUGUGCAUCCGCGGCCAAGAGGCACCUGCUGUUUCAAAGUAUUUUAUAGUUAUUUCAACUCACAGCUAAUAUUCGAGAUGGAAUAUUUGAUCGGCAUUCAGGGGCCGGAUUUUGUCCUCGUCGCUGCCGAUAAUGUCGCAGCCAGCAGCAUCAUUCAGAUGAAACACGAUUAUGACAAGAUGUUCAAACUCAGUGAGAAGAUUUUGCUGCUAUGUGUUGGAGAAGCAGGAGACACAGUACAGUUUGCAGAGUACAUCCAGAAGAAUGUUCAGCUCUAUAAAAUGAGGAACGGAUACGAACUCAGUCCAGCAGCAGCAGCAAACUUCACACGAAAGAACCUUGCAGACUACCUUCGGAGCAGGACUCCAUAUCAUGUGAACCUGUUGCUGGCGGGCUAUGAUGACACAGACGGCCCAGGUCUCUUCUACAUGGACUACCUGUCUUCGCUGGCCAAGGCCCCCUUCGCUGCCCACGGCUAUGGAGCCUUUCUCACUCUCUCCAUUCUUGACCGCUACUACAGACCAGAUCUGACCCGGGAUGAGGCGGUGGAUCUGCUGAAGAAGUGCAUUGAGGAGCUGAAUAAGCGCUUCAUCCUGAACCUCCCCUCCUUCACUGUCCGUUUGAUUGACAAGGAGGGCAUCCAUGACCUGGAGAAGCUCACCCUGGGCGCCAAGUGACCGCUCACUGCUUAACUACCAAGCCUGACUCCCCAUUUCUUCCUUUUUUUUUUUUUUUUGUACUGUUGACCUCCUUGCUCUUUCUGUUCCAAUAAAAAGUGACACACAGUUGAGAUACAA